CCCUGCGGGUUUGGGUCCGCACGCACGCGCGCGCGCGCGACUGAGCCUGCAGCACGCCCCUGUCGGUGUCCAGCAGGGGGCUCUGUCCGGGGCUCUGCUUCCGAGACUGAGCGUGCGACGCCCGGAGACGGAGCCCCGGGGCUGUGGGCCUUCUGAAGCUCGUCUCUGGACAACUGUGUUUCAAAGCAGCUGAGGCUGUAACAUCAGGAAUUUCACUCUCGCGGCGGGAUUUACCCUUUCAAGUUCCUCUUUCUCCUCAGGGCCCUCGCUCCACCUCACUCCUGUCACCAAGGGAAGGUGCUACUUUCUGCUCCUGUCUGAGCAGGAGAAACCCAAGUUCCAGUGAGGUUAGGUUGAGGAACCUUCCAGGCGACAGCUGGCAGCGAGUAAAGCGAGAGUCACGACCCAGCCCAGCAGCACCGCUAGGAGAACGGAAUCGGAGUGGGGUGGGGCUCCCCUCAGGCAGAAGGCUGGGGCGUUAGGGUUCCCUCAGGCAGGAGACUGGGGCGUUGGGAUCUCGUCAGGCUGUAGACUGAGGCUCGGAGGCAGUCUGAGGCGAGAGGGUUGGAGGUCGUGUUUCUUCAGACAGGAGGGUGCGAGCAUCGGCGUGCCCUCCGGUCGGCUCAGGCCGGAGGGAAUGGCGCUGGAAUCAUAGGUUCCUGGAGCCAGGGCUGUGCAGCCGCGCGGCCGGCCCGAGAGAAGUGGGUCACCGGGUGGAGCGUGGGCGACUGCGUCGCGGGGCCAACAGUCGCAGUGGGUCCCUGAGUGCCCGCGGCCACCGGCUCGGUGCGGGCGGUGAGUGGGGCGCAGCCCUCCCCGGCUGCGGGGGGUCGGCCGCGGCAGGUGCUGUAAGGUAACGCCGGGAUCGUGACUUCCGAGUCAAUGUCAGUUUCCCUGGGGUCAUAACCCCUCACUCUCUGGGGUCCAAUAUGGUUAACCCAGAAGGUGGGCUCCCUGGCACAGGGUCAUCCCUGGGGUCCUAGAACACCUUGCACAGAGACAGCUCUAGCCAAGUUUGCUGAAUAAAGCGGUCAUAAAGACCUGGCUUCAGGUCUUGAGUCCUUCACUAGUGUAUUCAAGUCAUUUCACUUUUCAGAAUCUUUAUUUCCUAUUCCUAAGAUUAAAAUGGUAACAAGAGCAAAUUCAAGAGUUGUUCCCUCCCUCCCACCCACCGUCUUUUUUGAAAGUGAGAUGAAAAAAAAAAUACGUGUUUAAGGGAUUAUAAUGCCUAGCACUUAAAUGCCAAUUAAAUGGUAGUAUGAUGCAUGCCUGUAAUGAGCAUGGGGCGGGGGAGCAAUUGAAGAAAGGUGGGGAUUUGGAUUAUUAGUGUGCUGCAGACAUCUCCAAAAGACUUCCCAUCAUUCCUCCAAACAGAAUGUUUUUCUCAUUCUCUACCUCACGCCUGGCUAACUAGAAUUGUACUUUAGCCUGAGUCUUCCUUAAUUGCUUUUCGUGCAAACCGGGACUUGUCAUUGCUAGCUUAAACUGAUUAGAGCUGGCAACCCCUUAGUCCUUUCCAAACCGAAUCAUUGUUCUGCAGAACUAAAUCUAGGAACAGCGCUGAGUGACUUAGAAUUUCCCUUCGAUAUAAGAUGGGACUGGGAGUUUGAUGAAGAAUGUUCCUCAGAAUCUCACAAAAUAAGUGCUUGUGUUAAAUUCACAUUUUUAUUGUAUAUUGACUGUACAGAUGAAACUUGAAAUGUAAAUAUUAAGACACCCAUUUAACACAAUUCAGAGUCCUCAACAAUGUAUCGUUAAACUAGUGAAGAUAUUGUAAUUUGAAAAUAAUAUAAACAGAAUUGCAUGGAAUGCACAUAAAUUCAUUGAAUAUGUCAGUGAAUUAUUUAGACUUGUACUAUUAAAUAUCCAAGUAGUGCAGAAGGUGUAGUAACAUUGCCACAGCUGUGCUUGAGUAAAUCACUAAAUAUCUUGCUUAAAAUAUAAUUUGCAUAGCUUUUAAUCAUUUAGAAAAUGUAGGUGAUUCAUAUGGAUGGAUCAGUACAUUCCCAAAUUUAAAAUUUAACAAGUAUUAUAUGAAUAUAUUCUUGUUGAAAAAUUAAAACACCUAUUAAUGGGGGUUCAGGUAAACCGGCCAGAGAAUAUGAGCAUGGGAGAUGUAGUUUGUGCCCAAAGGGGUAAGUGGUGAUGUUGAGGUGAUAGAGUCUUUAUUUAAGUUGGGGCCUGGUGAGUAAGCCUUAGGUCAUUGGAAGACCCUUGGGAAAGAGUAACCUCAGCUGGUUUAGUCACUCUUUGGCAUCCUGCCUUAUGAUGCAAUUUUUCAUUUCUGUGUGUUUCUCACCAGUGUGGUACAAUCUGCCCUGAGUUGAUGAAGCCGCAAGGGCCACUACCAGAGCUUGGUGCUAUGUUGUGCAUCAUAUUUUUAAAUAUUUUAUUAUUUAUUGUGUAUUUGUGUGUCUGUCUGUUUGUCUCUCUCUGUCCCCUCCACAGACCCCCCCCCCCGUGUGUGUGUGUGUGUGUGUGUGUGUGUGUGUGUGUGUGUGUGUGCGCGCCUGCGGAGGCCAGAAGAGCACAUUAGAUCUUCUGGAGCUGAAAUGACAGGCAAUUGUCAGCUGCCCCGUGUGCAUGCUGGGAACUGAACUUGGGUCCUCUGGAUGGACACUUAAGCCAGCUCUACAGUCCAUGCACCUUAUUUUUUAAGGCAGGGUCUAUCACUGAACUUGAUGCUCAUGUUUCAGCUAAACUAUCUGGCUAGUGAGCCCCCAAGAUCUGCCUGCCUCUGCUCGGCUAGAGCUGGGGUUACAGGCAUGUGCUAACUUUUACAUGGGUGUUGGGGACUGAACUCAGGUCCUGCAAGCAUUUUGUGCAGCAAAAAUUUUACCCACUUUAGCCAUUUCUUGAGCCAUAUCCCCAGUCCUGAAAUAAAAAAACAUUUCUCUGCUUAAAUAUGCUAAGAAGAAAAAUAAACAUGAAAAAUAGAUGUUUCGAGAGACUGAAAUUUUAUUUAGAAUGGUCAAUGAAAACCUCACUGAGAAAGUAACUUCCGAAUAAAUACCCAAAAGAAACUGUAGAAUUCUCCAUGUAAAGAUAUGAAGGAAUGGUGUACUUGGCAAGAGAAAUCCAAAUGUUGGUGCAGUGGUGUGUUUGUUGUGUUUUGGAACAGUAGCUAGUCCUGUGAUGUUGUAGCAGGAACAGUAAAGUAAAUGAAAUCACAGAAACUAUAUACUGCAGAACUUUGUAAGUCAUUGUUAGGCAAGGCUUUUUCUUGGAGAGAGAUGGGAGCCAAAAGAGUUUGUGGUGGAAGAGCAGAAGUGGUCUGACUUGAACUUUAUUGUUCUUGUCAUUGCAUAGAAAAUUAGUUGCAAGAUGACAAGAUUAGGUGCAGUGAUUGCCCUGCUGGGGCUCCUGCAAGAACUCAGGCAAGGCAAGGGAAGAUGAGAAUCAGGGUGGUGAAAGGCGCCAGUGAGUAUUUCAAAGGCUGGACCAAGUACAGGUUUGCGACAAUCUGCAUUUAGGCUUCAAAAGAGAAGGCAGUAACAACCGUUAACUGGAAGAAUGGAACUGAUAUGAACUUGUGGUGAUAUUGUGCACCCUAAUAAACUUGCCUGAGGAUCAGAGGACAGAGCCAGCCACUAGAUUAGACAUAGAGGUAAGGCAGUGGUGGCACACACCCUUAACCCUGUCACUGGGGAGGCAAAGAUCCAUCUGGAUCUCUGUGAGUUCAAGGCCACACUGAAAACAGAGCCAGGCAGUGGUGGCACACACCUUAAUCCCAGUACUGGGAAGUGUACACGCCUUUAAUCCCAGGAAGUGAUGGCUGGGCAGAGAAAGGUAUGUAAGGGGUGAGGAAACAGGAACUCACUCUCUUUAGGCUGAGGAUUUAGUGGAGGUAAGAACUAGUGGCUGACUGCUCUGCUUCUCUGAUCUUUCAGCUUUUACCCCAAUAUCUGGCUCAGGGUUUUGUUUUGUUUUUUAUUAUAAGACCAUCUAGAUUUGAACAACAUGAACUGAGGUGAACAAGACCGUGGGAUGACUUGUUUUAGGGUGACCAUAAAUAGGCCAGGUCAGUUUUGAGAUAAAACACAGUGAAGCAGGGACAGAUAUCCUACAGUUGACUAUUUGGGAAAAGAGCUUGAGGCAAAGUCCAGGCUAGAGAAAUCAAAGCAGACAUUGUCUGAAUGUAUGUGGAUCCUAUCAUGGCUAUGUGAGGUCACAUGUUGGCAUGAAAAGGAGUCCAGUGACUGAACCCUGUCGCUCCUUAAUGUUUACAGGCUGUGGAGAGGAGGAAGAAUCAGCCCAAAAAGAUGGAGAAGGAUUAACAAUAGAAAAAAGAAAAGUAAUUUGAAAAUAUUCUGAGUGCCCACAAGAACAAAGUUAUCCCAGGGUGCAAAGAAUACUUCUGUUUUUGUUUGUUUUGUUUUUUCAGGACAGGGUCUCACUAUGUAGCCCUGGCUGUCCUGGAACUCACUCUGUAGACCAGGCUGGCAUUUAACUCACAGAGAUCUGCCUGCCUCUGCCUCCCGAGUGCUGGAAUCAAAGGUGUGUGCCACUAUACCUGGCUGAAAGAAUACUUUUCUUGUUUUGUUUUUCGAGACAGGGUUUCACUGUAGCUUUGGAGCCCAUCCUGGACUAGCUCUGUAGACCAGGCUAGCCUCGAACUCACAGAGAUCCGCCUGGCUCUGCCUCCUGAGUGCUGGAAUCAAAGGUGUGUGCCACUAUACCUGGCUGAAAGAAUACUUCUUAACAUUUUUGUGUUAUACAUAAUAUUGUCUCAAUUUGUUUUCUGACUAGUGGUGAGCAUCUUCAGCUGGGGGUACAAUGGCAGUGUUCAAGAAGUUAAAACUUCUUCUCUGGAAGAAUUUCAUCUUAAAGAAGCGGAAGACUCUGAUAACACUUCUGGAAAUCUUGAUGCCGUUACUAUUUUCUGCAAUUGUAUUGUAUCUUCGCUUCAAUAGUAUGCCAAAGCGCGUGUCAACUACUAACUACCAACCAGUUGAUAUCAGUUUACUGCCAGUAUAUUUCAAUAAGUAUCCUCUGAAAAAUAAAUUUCAGUUGGUUUAUAUCCCUUCCAAAAGCGAGACUUUGAAAGCUGUCACUGAAAUGGUGGAACAAACCUUUGCUGUUGACUUUGAAGUUCUAGGCUUUCCUUCGGUGCCUUUAUUUGAAAAAUACAUAAUUAAGGAUCCCAGGUCUUUCUACGUACUGGUGGGAAUUGUUUUUGACCAUACCUUCAAUAGCGACAGUGACCCUUUGCCACUCGUGGUUAAGUAUGACUUGCGUUUCAGUUAUGUUCAGAGGAACUUUGUGCCAUCACUGAACUAUUUAUAUUUUCAAGAGGAGCUAGAAGGCUGGUGCACAGCCUUUCUUUAUCCUCCUAAUCCAAGCCAAGAACCCCGGGAAUUUGCAUAUGCUGAUGGGGGAAACCCUGGAUACAACAAAGAAGGCUUUCUGGCAAUACAGCAUGCAGUAGACAAAGCCAUUAUGUGGCACCAUGAUCCCAACGCAACACUCAACAUGUUCAAGAACCUCCAUGUACUGCUGCAGAGAUUCCCAUUUGGGCCCCAUAUCAAGGACCCAUUCUUAGUGAUCCUUCAGAAUGAGUUCCCUCUGCUGCUCAUGCUCAGCUUCAUCUGUGUUGAGCUCAUAAUCAUCAAUUCCAUCUUACUGGAGAAGGAGAAGAAACUGAAGGAAUAUAUGUGUAUGAUGGGACUGGAGAGCUGGCUGCACUGGGUUGCUUGGUUCAUUACAUUCUUCGUUUCUGUCUUAAUUGUCGUUUCUGUUAUGACCAUUCUCUUUUGUGCAAAGGUAAACAGUGUGGCUGUGUUCACGAACAGUAACCCUAGCUUGAUAUUUAUUUUUCUAAUGUGUUUUGCCACUGCCACAAUUUUCUUUGCAUUCAUGAUGAGCACAUUUUUUCAAAGAGCGCAUGUAGGAACUGUGAUAGGAGGCAUCGCCUUCUUCUUCACAUACCUUCCCUACAUGUAUAUCACUUUCAAUUACCACCAGAGGACCUAUGUCCAAAAGAUAGCCUCUUGCCUCUUCUCAAAUGUUGCCAUGGCAAUAGGAGUCCGAUUCAUCUCUCUGUUUGAAGCAGAAGGAACAGGAAUCCAAUGGAGGAACAUAGGCAGUGUCCAAGGAGACUUUAGCUUCACUCAGGUGCUGCUGAUGCUCCUGCUGGACUCACUCUUGUACUGUCUGAUAGCCUUUUUGGCGGAGUCUUUCUUCUCAGGAAAGUUUGGAAUACCUACGUCUUGGUACUUCUUUGCCAAGUGCCUGUUUUGCAUCAAGAAGCCUGUUCCAGUAAUGCUGCCACUUCUGGACAUUGGGGAUCCUGAGAAACCUGCAAGGAGAGACUUCAUGCAGGACGAGCCAACUGAUCAAAUGAAAGCAAUUGAAAUCCAGCAUCUAUAUAAGGUCUUUUACAGGGGACGGAGUAAAUGCAUAGCAGUCAAGGAUCUGAGUGUGAACCUGUACAAGGGUCAGAUCACCGUUCUCCUGGGACACAACGGAGCAGGGAAAACCACUGUCUGCUCCAUUCUUACAGGUCUUAUUUCUCCUUCAAAGGGACAGGCAUAUGUCCUUGGGUGUGAAGUUUCAAAAGACUUGGCUCAAGUUAGGAAGAGUCUGGGCUGGUGCCCACAACAUGACAUUUUAUUUGAUAACUUUACAGUAACCGACCAUCUUUCUUUCUAUGGUCAGUUGAAAGGCCUGUCUCGCCAGAACUGUCAUGAAGAAAUAGAAGAGAUGCUUCCCCUCCUCGGUCUGAAGGACAAGUGGAACUCGCGGUGCAAGUUCCUGAGUUGGGGGAUGAAGCGCAAGCUCUCACUUGGCAUCGCCCUCAUAGCUGGUUCUAAGGUACUGAUUCUGGACGAGCCUACCUCGGGCAUGGACUCCACCUCCAGGAGGGCCAUCUGGGACAUUCUUCAGCAGCAGAAGAGUGACCGCAUGAUCCUACUGACCACCCAUUUCAUGGAUGAAGCUGACCUGCUGGGGGACCGCGUGGCCAUCAUGGCCAAGGGGGAGCUACAGUGUUGUGGGUCGCCACCAUUCCUCAAGCAAAAAUAUGGUGCAGGAUAUUAUAUGACUUUAAUAAAAACACCUCUCUGUGAUACAACGAAGCUUUCUAGUGUGAUUUAUUAUCACAUACCAGAUGUAAUCUUGGAGUCCAACAUUGGAGAAGAAGUGAUAUUCAUACUUCCUAAGGAGACCAUGCCCAGAUUUGAAGCUUUAUUUACUGACUUGGAACAGAAACAGACAGAGCUGGGAAUCUCCGCUUUGGGAGUCUCUGUCACCACUAUGGAGGAAGUGUUCAUACGAGUUUGUAAGUUGGCUGAUUCUAGCACAAAUAUCUUAACCGAGAAGCGACCCUCUAUUCAGCCUCAUCCCCGAGUUCACAGAGUUCCUGUUGACAGAAUUAAAUAUCUUCACUCAAGGAUCUUUUCAAUGCAGACUGGCCUGCCAAUCAAACUAAAUACUGGACUCUGUCUUCUCUGCCAACAAUUCUAUGCCAUGCUCCUGAAAAAGGUCACAUAUUCUCAACGCAACUGGAGGUUGAUGCUGUUUGUGCAGAUUCUGCUGCCUCUGCUGAUCAUUGCGUUAAGCCUCACUUUUUUUGACUUCAAAUUAAAGAAAAUGGAAAACGUACCCUUGGAGCUGACUUUAAAAACAUAUGGUCAGACAAUUGUUCCAUUUUUUGUUUCUGACAAUUCCCUCUUGGGUCCUCAACUUUCGGAUAAAUUUAUAAAGAUGCUUGUGGCUGCAGGACAGAUUCCUUUGUAUAUUCAAGGUCCUGUAGAGGACUUCCUACUGAAAAAGGCAAAAGAGAGCCCUGAGGACUUUGAUAAGCUCUAUGUGGUGGCAGCUUCUUUUGAAGACGUGAAUAACCGCACCAUAGUGAAGGCACUGUUCAACAACCAGGCAUACCAUUCCCCUGGCCUGGCUCUGACUCUGGUGGACAAUUUUCUCUUCAAGUUGCUUUCUGGUGCCAAUGCUUCCAUUACCACAACCAACUACCCUCAACCUCUGACGGCCGAAGAGCUCUCAGAGAGUGUCUUGUACCAGGGCCCUAAAGGACAUUACCUUGUUGUCAACUUUCUUUUUGGAAUAGCUUUCCUGUCAAGCUCUUUCUCCAUCUUGACAGUCACAGAGAAGAACAUCAAGUCUAAGCACAUCCAGUUUGUAAGCGGCGUCAGUGCGGUUGCGUUCUGGCUCUCCGCUCUGCUGUGGGAUCUCAUUUCUUUCCUUGUCCCCACUCUCCUGCUAGUGUUGGUGUUUUUCUGGUAUAAGGAAGAAGCUUUUGCCCAUCCUGAGAGCACCCCAGCAGUGGUCUUGAUAAUGAUGCUCUACGGCUGGGCUGUCAUCCCUUUCAUCUACACAGUCAGCUUCUCUUUUAAAACUCCUGGGAAUGCAUGUGCUAAGCUUGUGGUAAUGCUCACCUUCUUGAGCAUCGGUCCCCUUGUGCUUGUCACGGUCACAAGUGAUAAAGACCUUGGCUAUGCAGAACUCUCAGACUCCUUGGAUUAUAUUUUCCUAAUAUUUCCUGGACAUUGCCUGGGAAUGGCUUUUUCCAACUUGUACUAUAACUUUGAACUAAAAAAGCUUUGCAAUGCUAAGAACUUGAGUGACAUUGACUGCAAUGAUGUUUCGGAAGGAUAUGUGGUCCAAAAGAACAUCUAUGCCUGGGAAUCUCUGGGGAUAGGGAAGUACCUGACUGCUUUGGCUUUCUUGGGACUUUUGUACAUCAUCCUGAUUUUCCUCAUUGAAGCCAAUACAUUCUCCAUACUGAAAUCCAGGCUUUCUGGCUUUUCUAGGAAAAAAAAAUUGGGAACAUUCCUCAAUGUAACAGAGCCAGAAGACGAAGAUGUCCUAGAUGAGACAGAAACCAUCAAGUUUUAUUUGGAAACAUUACUAAAGAAAAAUCCACUUAUUGUUAAAGACGUGUCAAAGGUCUAUAAAGAGAAGGUACCUGUGCUGGCUGUAAACAAGGUGUCCUUCACUGUUAAUGAAAAAGAAUGCUUUGGCCUUCUGGGCCUCAAUGGAGCUGGGAAGACUUCCAUUUUCAACAUGCUGACUGGGGAGCAGCCCAUCACUUCAGGAAAUGCCUUUGUCAAGGGUUUCAAUGUCAAGUCUGACCUAGUGAAGGUGCGGCAGUGGAUUGGUUACUGUCCUGAAUUUGAUGCCCUGCUAAACUUCAUGACAGGAAGAGAGAUACUUGCCAUGUAUGCCCGUAUCCGGGGCAUCCCUGAGUGCCACAUUAAAACCUAUGUAGACCAGAUUCUUGAGGACUUACUCAUGCGUGUGUAUGCAGACAAGCUGGUCAAGACCUAUAGUGGCGGUAACAAACGCAUGCUGAGCACUGGCAUUGCCCUCAUCGGAGAGCCUGCAGUCAUCUUCCUAGAUGAACCAUCCACUGGCAUGGACCCUGUGGCCCGGCGCCUGCUGUGGGACACUGUGGCCCAGGCCCGUGAGUCUGGCAAGGCCAUUGUCAUCACCUCCCACAGUAUGGAGGAGUGUGAAGCCUUAUGUACCCGGCUGGCCAUCAUGGUUCAGGGCCAGUUCAAGUGCCUGGGCAGCCCACAACACCUCAAGAGCAAGUUUGGCAGCGGCUACUCUCUGCAGGCCAAGGUCCAGAGGGAAUGGCAACAGGAGGCGCUAACGAAGUUUAAGGCAUUUGUGGACCUGACUUUCCCAGGCAGCAGUCUGGAAGAUGAGCACCGGGGCAUGGUCCAGUACUACCUGCCUGGCCACAACCUCAGCUGGGCAAAGGUAUUUGGCAUUAUGGAACAAGCCAAGAAGGAUUAUAUGUUGGAAGACUACUCCAUCAACCAGGUCUCUCUGGAGGACAUCUUCCUGAGCUUCACCAGCACUGUGUCCUCCACUAACAGAAAAUUCCGCCAAGGGCAAGCUCUCCUAGACAGUUCCUUAUCACCGUCUCACUCUGAGCCUCCCUCAGGUCCUUCCUCUCAGCCUGCCACACCACCUCCAUCUCCACCUCCCUCAGAGCCUGUCCUACUGUAAUAAAGAUCCUGGUGCAGGGUA